AUGAUCAUUUCCUCACUUCUAUUCAUCUUCAUCUCCUCAACUCGCUCAUUCCCCACGGAAACGUCGAAUCAAAUCGAAAUCCCUGAACAAGUGCCAACAAUCAACGGCACCGUGUACACGAUCAGCUCCUUUAGUCCAAAAACUUUCGUUCGCACUGAUGAAUUCCUUUUAAACUACACAUCGUGCGCUCAAUUUCACUUUAAACUCACGGAAAAACGAGUGAGACUCCGUGGCUACACAUGUCUUCUGACUGAAGGCGGCUUCUGCACUCUUGACAAGUUCUACUAUCCAAGGGACAAGGAAGGUUGCUACGCGUUGAGACCGUGGAAAGCUCAUCCGGAGCGUUUCGCUUUCUACUUUGUGCUCGAGCGGCGACAACGCAAAUAUGGCGCGGCGAAGGCACACCGGGCACGAAAGAUCCGUCGCUCGGGUCGCGUUUCCGCGGAGCCGAUUGGGGAAUUGAUUUUGGACGGGAUUAUGCCGUGCUCGGAGACGUGCACAAAGGGACAAAGUAGACCGACAAACGAUCGAAAUACUUUGAAU